AUGACUACGGAAGCGAUAUCUGCUCCUCCUCCUACCCUACCGCACUCGGACUUGGACAGGUCUGAGAGGCUGCCCCCCAUGGCCACUGCUAUUGCCUCUACUACGGCGGCGGCGGCGACGACAACGACAGCGUCCACGACAGCAACGUCGACAGCUGGCAGGCUGGGAAAGUCAUCUAGCGCCAGCCCUGGAAAGAAUUCAACCGCAUCGAAGAAGGCAGCGAUAGCUGCCUCGGACGGAUCUCAACGUUCGCCGGACCUGUAAUUCUCACUUUUUCUCCCCCCCUCCCUUCCCUCUUUUGUCGCACUAUUCCUUCACUUUCCUAUCUCAUCCCUUUGUUUCGUUUCGGCUCGAGUCUCAGGUUGUGUUGGCGGAGAGAUGAUUGACAUGUGGAUGGUGGACGUCUAGGAAACGAAACGGAAAUGAACUGCCAAAGAUCUUUGUAAAGAAAGAGCCCGCCUCUCCUGACCCCCCGUCCCGCCACCGACCGCCUAGACUACAUCUAUCCAAUGGCCCUACACCACCUUCCGGGCCCAAUGCCGCUGCUACACCGCGAACUGCCAAUGGCCACUUGGCCACGAUGCAGGAUGUCGGUAUGGCAUGCCUGUCUCCCGGUUUCGCAACACACGAUCCUGCCAUGCGCGACCAACUCCAACGCAGCAUAUCUGUGCGCGAACAACAGCGAUCAAUAAUUGAAUCGCGACUACAACGCCACGUGAAAGGCGGUGAGAGGACCGGAGGCGCUGAGCCAAACUCCAGGGCCGACCGCGACGAGCCGCCAUCAGCCCGCGGGGGGGAUAGGUCAUCGGCACAUACUCCUCGCAGGAGACCCCCGAGCAGUCUUACCAUCGUUCCACCGCCGCACCGUGCGUUUGCGAACGAGCGCGUAGUUCAGUCAGCACCACUGCACCAGUCAUUCACGGGCCGAAACCACCCCCCUCCAUCGCAUCACGGCCCCCCGCCCACUACUCACCAUCACCAACAGCAGGUUAACCGAUUGCCCCCGAUUAGUGAUGUAUUCGGUCCCGAUGGCCCGGAAUCCUCCAGGAGUGUAAGACACCCGGAUGAGGGCGCUAGUAGACAGUACUUUCCCGCAACCAGACCAUCUUACCCGUCCCCCAACAAUAUGGCCUACUCCCGCCCCCGAGAGCAUCGAUCCGCUGAGGAGGCGAUGGCGAACAUAUCGGGCGGCCGCGAAGACUUAUUACCCCGGAUAAUCCAUUACGGUGGUCACCAACCCCCCACACCGCCGAGUCCCCCGCAACCCCAGCAUACCCCGUCGAAAUUGGGCGUGCACGGAAUGCACGAGCAACAACCCCCCCACUCGGCGAAGAGGCGAAGGACAAGGGCGGAAUACGAGCGGGACGAGAGCAUGGGGAGUGAUCACGGGGAUCGGGAACAGGAGGCUAAGAGACGAAAGAAGGAGGAGUUUUUGGCGUUAUGCGCGAGGGCAUGGGAGUUGUUCCAUUCGUGA